AUGUCCCUUUGCAAUCUCGACCUUGUGAACCAAGCCGAUGGCUUUCCUUACCCCGAAACGAAUACAGAUCGUUACCUCGCGAGCAUAAACACAUACUACCAGCUUCGUGUCGCAGGCUACAACUAUGCGUUGGGCUACAUGCUGCCCUCCGUCGCCGAGGUCUUCCGUGGCAUACCAAACUGGGAGAUUGACGACGACGCACGCAUCCUGAGCCUAACGGGGGGCACAAACGCCGAAGAGCGGUCAAAAGCAGUACAAGUCACGCUAUUGGCAUUGAGAGAAACUGGGCACUUCAGGGUCCUGGAGAAAUGGCGGGGGGAGCUGUAUGCGGUGUAUGGGCUGGGCAAGGAGCUGCUGUUCAAUGUGGAGAGGAGCGCGAGUCCGUUGUUCGGCGUCGUCUCGUACGGUGUGCAUCUCACGGCGUACACGAAGAAGGAUGGGCAGUUGAUGAUAUGGACGCCGAGACGCGCACGCACAAAGCAGACAUAUGGUGGCAUGCUGGAUAAUGCUGUUGCGGGUGGUAUUGCGUCUGGAGAGGUACCUUUUGAAAGUCUGGUACGCGAGUGUGCAGAGGAGGCCUCGUUGCCCGAAGCCCUGGUGAGGAAGAACGCAAAGGCUUGCGGGACAGUCACCUACUGGUAUAUUAGGGAUGAGAGGGCAGGCGGCGAGACAAACCUGAUGCAGCCCGAGUGCCAGUAUGUCUACGACCUCGAGCUACCAGAGGAUGUGAUUCCCACACCGGGCGAUGAUGAGGUCGAAGAGUUCUACCUGUGGACUGUGGAAGAGGUGCAAGAAGCCAUGAAGAGGGGCGAGUUCAAGCCCAACUGCGCUUUAGUCGUGUUAGACUUCUUUGUCCGGCACGGUAUCCUGACUAGCGAGAAUGAGAGGGACUACAUUGAGAUUGUGAGCAGGUUACACAGAAGGCUUGAAUUUCCCACGCUAUGA